AGCUUACCCACACUUCCUCUUCACUGGGCAACUUCUACCGUCUUCUGACACAUCUCUUCGACAAUAGUCAUCAAUCAAACCCUCUCGACGCGUAGUCUAAUCUGUAAACGCGUAUUGCAUAUACGAGCCGGCAAUUCAAACCGAUUCACCAGUGGCGUUAUGGCUUCCUGUGUUGUCGCAAUCCUGUUUGCGAAUUGCGUAUCACUCAGCUCUUAAUUCAUGUACGCGUUGCUUCAACGUUCUCGUACGGAAAAGGGUCCUCGAUUAUUUAUCAUAUACUUCUGACAUGGUUUUCUACCCGCCCCUUGAUGCUUCCAACAUAAACGAACUCGCUUUACUACAAACAGAAUUGGAUCGUUGGCAGACUCUCGACUUUUCCUUCGAUAUGGACGAUGAACCAGGACAGCACGAAUCAUUUCAAGGAAAAGGUCCUCAACAGAGUACGUCUUCAGUUUCUCAAAACAGUCAAUCGCGGGUUCCAUCUGCCUCCAAUAUCAGUGACGCUGUUCUUCUCGCUCAAUUUGCAGCUAAUGCCGGCUCACUACCUUCGCAACCCAACACUAUGAACUCGUAUUCUGCCCUCUUAAAUUACUUCCAAUCGCAGGGCAUAAAUCCUGCAACCCUCCCGCCCGGUCCCACUAAUCCAACUGUGUAUCACAAUCCGUUCGGCCAAACCUAUACAUCCCCAGCGUUCAGUCCGUGGCAACAAGCACCCAAUCAUCACCCGUUUCAUUCACCACGAUCACCGGCAGCCGGUUUUUUGGCCGGUGGAACGUUAUUUCAAGGCCCUGUAUCCCUCGGUGUUGCGCAACCGGAGCAGACACAAACACGGCACUAUGUACCCUCUCGAAGCCCUUUACCGGCAGGACCAUCAUCGCCAAAACCGUCAUCUGCCGCUGCGACGCCCCAUCCAGUCGAUGAUGAGGCGGCGGCGACAGCCAUCGCUGAGGACAAACGACAAAGAAAUACAGCCGCGUCAGCCCGAUUUCGCAUAAAAAAGAAGUUGAGAAAUCUGAACUUAGAACAGACUGUCUCCGAACUGUCAGGGCGUGCUGAUAUAUUGGAACGUGAGGCCGCAGAUUUGCGCCGCGAAAACGGGUGGUUGAAGGAGAUAGUGAUGCUUAAGGGUAGCCGUAUGGCCGGUAUAGAUAUUUCGCCUCAUACAAUACCUAACUUGGGGGAAGGGAGCUCUAUGGCACAAGCGGAUCAUUCAAAUCCAGCAAGUAACGCGUCGAAGGAUCAUGAAGAAUCAGAGUCAGACGAGGAUAAUUCAGGCGAUUAUUUGCCUGAGGGAAAAGGAAAGGCAAAAGCGAGGUCGAAGAAAGAGAAGAGGAGAUAAUUACCGCUUUGUCCCUUCAUUCCAGUGUACACAACCAAGAUCAAGAUCGAGGUUAGGAUGUUUUUUUUUGCGACCGAUUAGAUUCUCCGUAAACUUUACAAUAACGUGCAACAUGGAAUUUGGGAUUUGGGUC